UGGAUGUGUACAUUCUGCAUAUUCAGAAAAAGUCGAGUGUAUUUAUACUCUGAGGAGCUGGAAAGAGAAGCAACCAUGUUGUGCCAAAUAUCCAAACGCAUACUGCAAUGCCAGUAUCUCCUUCUGUGUCUGUGCAGUGCUGAUGAGGAACACACAUUUGCUGCGAACCCAUGCCUCUAUUUGAAUGGCUACUCCACCGUGAUCCAGACUCCGAUGUGGCUGGGUCAUAUAGCAGACAAACUCCAGAAGAAUCUCUACCAGACCGUUGGAGAGUUUGUGACCGACGUCCAGCUCAUUUUCUCCAACUGUGCUUCAUACAACCGGGACAAUGCUGAAUUCCUCGCCAGGGGCAACAGACUGAAGGAGUUAUUUGACAGAGAAUUUAAGAGCGUGCUCAACAUCAGUGAAUAGGCUGGUGACAGAUCAGCAGUGUUCUGUUGUCAAACUCAGAAGCGGCUGGGAAAAGGUUAAGCAUGUGUAAAUAUGCCUGUGGUACCUAUCUUUUUAAAUAUAACCCUCCUAUGUGGUUGAAAUAUCCCGAAAGAAAUGAUUCCUAAUCAAGAGAAUGCAAGGGACUUUUACUUGAAUUAUGACAACACGUUUCAAUCUAUAAUUCUACUACAAUGCAUUAAAAAUAGAUUCUUCACUAUUUAUUGUCAUUACUCAUAAAAUAACCGAAUGUUUAACAUUUCAACACCUUCCAUACGAUCAUGCAGCCAAAGUGCUUUACAGAGCAAGAUUAAAACAGCACACAUAACAAGUAUUUUCCCUGUGUGUUGUUCUCAACAUUCUUUUUAUUGACAUGUUUCUUUUAAUUUAUUUUUUAUUAUGGUGUUAUGCCACGUGUGAGGAGGGUUUCAAACUGAAUGUAUUGUAAAAGUCAGUAUUUGACUUUGCGUUUGUCUGAAGCAGUUUGCAUCAUGCAACAUUGUCGCUGCACAGUACUUAAAGUGCAAUUAAUUUGCACUUUCUCUUUCUGUCUCGAUCUCUAAUCUGUGGCUUGUGGAUUUCUGUUUUUAAAAUAAAAAUAGUAGCUUGUGUACAUCUUCAAUGACAUGUCUUCUUUCCAUAAACCUGCCUCUUAAAGGUGAAAUGUGAAGAUGAAACCUAAACUUUUAAUUCGUAUUAGAAAUACACAUUUGCUGUUAAACUGACAGAAUGGCUCCUCUUUUAUAAGUCAUGACAUGAUGGAGGUUAAAUCCUGAUGAUAAUCUAAUUCUAAAGCUUUUACUGUUUACUGCAUUCGCCAUAGUAUGGUAUCUGCGGCCAGCUGACGUCACUGGCACAGUUGCCAGCAGCAAAUCUGUGCGGAGAGCUGCGCAGCCGCCCUGCGCAUCCGUCGGCCGAGGUGGACAGCGCAGCCAUUUCUCUUCCCCUCGUGAAAAACACACGGGGGAUGUGGCGUCUGUCCGUCACGCACCUAACUAACCCGGCGCGCGCGUGGGGUAGUCAUGACGUUAGCAGCGCACACCGGGGCUGAACACCAUCACCGACCGAGACCCGCGAGCUGCAAACUUUCUCCCGAUUCAACGCCUGCGCAGACAAAACGGCCUCUCUGCUGCUGUCUGUUCCCGUGUCGGCCAUGGAGGGGAACCUGCAAGGAGGCUGCAGCGACGUCGCGACAAUGCAUGUGAAGACCGAAGCGGUCGACGAGAAGACAUCUGCGCUGGUUGUGGGCAGCCGAGAGUCGCCUGCGCCCUGCGGAGAUACCGCAUGCAGAGGAGGAGGAGUGGAUCCGACUGCAGAGCAGCUGGCUGGCACCACAGCUACUCCCGUGUUGCUGUAUCCUGUGAGUACAGACCGCUUCUUCACCACAACAGAGGAUGGAAAAACGUACCUGAAGAUCGCUCCAGCUUCAGCGAUGCCACCCGCCCCCUCAGAGAAGACGCUCCCCUCCAGCUCCGAUUUCUCCUCCAAAGCCGUGUUGUGUCUGAUCGAGGCCGUCGGGCGCCGCUGGGGCCUGUACGAGACCCGGGAGCGCUCGCAGCUCUUCCAGAGCGUCCAGGAGGAGAUGGCCUCCAAGGGCCACUUGCUUCCUGUUGAGAAGAUCCGCCGCAAGUGGAACAACCUCAUCGUCACAUACAAGAGGGUUAAAGACCGCAGCCGGGAGACGGGACACGCUAAAACAUCGUGGGAGUUCUUCGAUCUGAUGGACGCAACACUCUGCGACACCGUUGGCACUCAGAUCGUCCACAACAAGAGACACAAAGUUUCCGCGCUGCCCGCUCCUCUGGCAAAGAUCGCCGCAAAACCGCAGUUCCCGCAGCCCACCACCAUCAUCCGCCCUAAUGGGGACUUUGCUUCGACUGGUGGGGCGGAGUCAGCGGGUCACCGGGCCACCGGCAGUCAAGUCAUCAGCAGCGCUCCUGUCAUUAGCUCAAUGACCACGGCGACCGUCAGCCCGACGAAUGCUCCAGAGCUCAAGCCCCUGAUCGUCCUCAACAGCGAUGUUGUUGCAACCAGUAUUCACUCAGCCACCAUUGUGCCAUCUCCAUCUUUCAUCUCCUCACCUUGCUUCACAGGGACAGGUUCUACUCUCCCUUCGCUUGGCCCGAAGAGCAACGCCGACCUCAACGCGUCGCCCUACGCAGGCCGCAAAGCUCCGUCGUUCUCGCCAGGCGCCGUACCCUUUCGCCUCGGCAGGGCGCCGCUGAGCAACAGUAACAAUAUCCUCGGCCUCUCCUCCUCCCCCUCUUUCCCGCCUACUUCCUCCUCUCUCACCUCCUCCACUUCCACCUCGUUGUCUGCGACAUCCCUGUCGGGGAGCGAAGGACAGAACCGGAAAGGGGACGCCACGUCGUCCCAGGAGGUCCUGAAGCGGCAGGAGGAGCAGGCCUACCUGGAUCGGGUGGCUCGCCGCAGGGUGGAGGCCAGAGAGAAGAGGCGCGAGAGGAGGGAGGUGCGGAUGGCCGAGUCCCUCGGCAGGAUAGCCACGGCCCUGGAGCUGUUCUCCUCCAAGCAGGACACAGUCAUUGCCCUCCUGCAGAGACUGGCUGAGCGGAAGUGACGGAGGGGCAAAGCAGGAUCUUAUUAAAAUUUCCUAAUCCUCUGAACAUGUA